CCCACACAAGCUUCUACCGUCAUCAAAGCUGUUCGAUCGUGAACCCCUCCUCACUGCAAGGUCCGAAGUAUAAUAUAAAAGUGCUUCUGUCCUCUCGAUUACCUGAGCAUAUGUUUCGUAAUACUUCGCUGCAUCAUCCUUCAAAAAGACGAUACUCCAACCCGUAAAACACACCAAUUUGAUACUACUCUAUCAACAGUCCAUCACAAUGGCUUCCUUCCUUGAUCUUUCGUCCAACUGGUCUCUCCACUCGAUCCCCGCGGCCUUCGUGCUCGCCCUCCUCCCCAACUUCUACGCCAGCUUCGCUGCCGGUAAGAACUAUGACUUGGCCAACCCCCGCAAAACAGAAGAACACCUCGCCAAAGACACCACCCUCUCCAAGCAGCAGGUAAACCGCAUCCUGCGCGCCAAGGCGGCCGCCAACAACGGCCUUGAGACCAUCGGGCUUUACGCCGCGGGCGUCGUGGCCGCCAACGCCGCCAAGGUGCCCGUGGAGACGCUCAACAAGCUCUCGCUGUUCUACCUGGGCAGCAGGCUGGUGUACAACUUUGUGUAUAUCUUCUUGCAGGAUAACCGCAAGUUUGCGCCUGUGCGCAGCUUGGUGUGGAUGGCGGGGAUAGGAGCGAUUUUCAGUUUCUUUAUCAAGGCUGGGAAUGCGCUUUACUAGAUCGAGUUUUUGAGGGUUUGGGGUGUUGAGGUUGGGGGGAUGGAUGGUAGUUGGGUGGUGUAGAUGACGGAGGAUACUUGAUGGGAUGUAAUCUACCUUUCGUGAGAUCUGUUGUUGGGCAAAAAUAAAGAAAACUUGGUUUUUGUUGAUUUCAUAACUUAGAG